AUCUGGCUUAUUAAGAUUACAUUAUGUACUUGUAGAACAGUCCACCUGGCCAAUGCCAUGGUGAUAUCAGAUAGAAGUUUCACCAGUGGGCACCAAAUGGUGCCGUUGUGUCAUAGAUUUUUUAUCUUCUUCCAUGCCUCAAGAGGCAUUCUUGUAGAUCUUUCUCAUAGCUGUGACAUCAAGUUGUCAAUUGGGUCUAGCAUGCAGCAAAUCAGGAUCACAGUGCUGUAGUGGGCAGAACAGUCAAGUGAGAGACUUCAUUGCUUGUUCUGCAAUUGGCAUUUCAAUGUGGUUGCCGGUUAGAAUUCUGAUGUGCCAAUGGCAGAAAUUCAAAGCUUGACGCAUAGGCUGCUAUUCCAUCCGUCAAAUAGUAAGAUGUAAGCCCUCUUCAAUGAUGAUCGCCUAAAUUCCACAGCCACGUGCACUUGCUCUUCAGGGGCCAGGGUCACAUAGUUAUGGCUGUAAAAAGCCGGCAGCACACGCCUGGAUUUGGAACUGGCGUUGCCCUGAUCUGCUUCUGGCUUUACAGUCUUGUCAUAAUCUCUCAGGCUGAGUCUGAUCCAG